AUGGAGUCGAGCCUGGUGUUGUCUGAAAAAGAGCGAUCAGUUCAUUCCUUCUCUGAUGCGGAUCUUGCGGUGGACUCUGCAGAGCCACGGUUUUUCCUGGUGGCCCGAUGCCUCUCUUCUUCAAUUAAUCCCAAAAAUUUCACUAAGAAGAUGGGGGAGUUCUGGACCAACAAAUGUCGUUUCCCGGUAACUGUCUCUAAAAUGCAUUCCAAUUUAUUUUUGCUAACUAUUGGCUGUGCAGGAGAUAAACUGAGGAUUCUUAAUGGUGAACCUUGGCACUAUUUCAACCAACUUAUCUUGCUUCACUCACCAAAGCAACUUCAGAAUGUUACUCCCGAUGAUCUGUUUAAAGUGCAAUUCUGGGUGCAAAUUCACAGGCUGCCAUUUCUAAGUAAAUCUAGAGCGUUAGCUAUGAAGGUGGGAGAAUGGAUUGGGGAAUAUAUUGAUGUUUUUGAGGAUUCUCUUUAUGAAGGCUGGGGGCAUUUUAUUCGUAUCAGAGUUAUGCUUGAUAUCACUCACCCUCUUAUGCGUGGCAAGUUAGUCACUCUGCCUAAGGUUCGCGAUGAACAUUGGAUUGAGUUCCGUUACGAGAAUCUCCAUAUUUUUUGUUUUCACUGUGGUAUAAUUGGCCACCCUUUUGAGAAGUGUUCUGGCUUUAUGGAAUUGGUGGAUGCUGGUGUUGAUCCUGAUUUACCUUAUGGACCCUCUAUGAUGGGAGAUAAACUACCAAAUUCGGGUUAUGAUCGUUAUCGAUCUGAUUUUUCCACUGCUAAAGUCUAUCCUUUUCUCACCCGUGUUGCUCAGAAAUCUAUUGCUGCUAUAAUCCCUCCCACAAAUAUUAACCAACACCGUUUGAUUAACAGGGACCCUCACCCCAUACCUCUCACUGUUGCUGAAAAUAACAAGUUACCCUCAUCCUCAAACCCAACAGUCGAGCCUCUCCCUGAACUUCCUCAACCUUUCCCUUCAUUUUUCCAAAGUGCUGGUGCGAAUUCCAUUUUUUGUGAUUCUACCAUUACAUCUGUUAAAGACAAAGGGAAAUCAAUAAUGAUUGAAGAUGGUUUCAAUGAUGGGAGCUCCUCAAAUAAGACUUUUAAGAGCGGUGGUUGCAAUCCAGCAGCCCCGCAAGGCGCCAUGAAGAUUAUUAGUUGGAAUGCGAGGGGUUUGGGCAAUCCUUCUGCAUUCAGGCACCUUAAACUGCUUGUUAAACAGCAGUGUCCGCAUGUUUUAUUUAUCAUGGAGUCCAAAUUAGCUUGUAACUCUAUCAAUCGGGUCUGUACUGUUCUAAAAUUUAGUCAUGGUUUAGAAGUUCCUAGGCAAGGUUUAAGAGGGGGUUUAUUGUUGUUAUGGAAAGAUCAUGUUGAUGUAUCUCUCACCUCAUUCUCAAUGAAUCAUUUUGAUGUUUUUGUUUCGUAUGAUCGCUGGCCUCGGUAUCACUUCACUGCUUUUUAUGGUUCUCCUGAAACAAAUCAAAGAAUACAAACUUGGAACUUAUUGCGUUCUUUUGCUAUUGCCUCUCAAGAUGUUCCUUGGUUGAUUAUGGGUGAUUUUAAUGAACUUCUUUCUAAUGAUGAUAAAGAAGGAGGUCCAUUGAGACGAGAACAAUUAAUGGAGGACUUUAGGAAAUCAAUUGAUGACUGUGGUGUAACUCCUCUGGAUUAUACGGGUAAUAAAUUUACUUGGUCUAACAAAAAUUACAAUGGCUUACUUGUUAAAGAAAGACUUGACCGUGGCUUUAUCAAUGGGAAAUGGAAGGAAUUUUUUUCUGACAAUCGCAUUCAUCAUCUGGACUAUUAUAGUUCAGAUCAUAGAGCGAUUGCUCUUAAUAUUUCCAUGUUAACUCAGGAUCAGCCAGAUUUUAGACCUCGUAAUCGAUUUCGUUUUGAGCAAUUUUGGCUCAAGGAUGAGGAAUGCAGAAACUUGAUUGUCAACAAUUGGAAAUCUGGUUUGACGACUGACCCGUUGCCUUCCCUACUACAGAAUAUUAAUUCUUGUUCUACUGCUCUUCAGACUUGGCACAACAAUAAAUAUGGGCAGAUGAAACAUGACAUUAAUAAAGCUCAAAAAAAGGCAGCAGAGAUGCAUAAUCUCUCGGUUUUUUCUACUGAUCAGCAUACUCAAAUGGUAAAUGCAGAGAAAGUGCUAGAUGAUCUUCUUGAAAAGGAAGAAUUAUAUUGGCAACAAAGGGCUCGAGUUGAUUGGUUGAAAAGUGGGGAUGCAAACACCAAAUUUUUUCAUUCUAGAGCCAAAUCGAGAUACAAUAAUAAUAAAAUUCGAUCUUUACAAGCUAGUGAUGGAAGAAUUCUUGUUUCAGACCAAGCUUUUGCUGAUGAGGCCUCUUUAUUUUUUUCCCAAUUGUUUGCUACUUCGGGGGUGGAUUUGGAAGCUCUUAAUGUUAUUAUGGCAGCCAUUGAUACUUCCAUUACUGAAGACAUGAAUGACAGUUUAUUGAAGACUUUCACGGGUGCAGAUGUGGAUGAAGCUCUUAAGUCUAUGGCUCCAGAUAAGUCGCCUGGUAUGGAUGGAAUGUCUGCCAUAUUUUUUCAGCAACACUGGGAUAUUGUUGGUCCUAUGGUUAAGGCUAGUGUUUUGAAGAUUUUAAAUGAAGGGGCGGAUAUGCAUGAUAUUAACUCUGCUUUGAUUACUCUCAUUCCGAAAGUUGAUCAACCUCAAAGAUUAAGUGACUAUCGGCCAAUUAGCUUAUGCUCUGUCUUAUAUAAGUUGGUGUCCAAAGCUAUUGUGGCCAGAUUUAAAAAGGUGCUACCAGUGGCUAUUUCUCAGAAUCAGAGUGCUUUUUUACCUGGAAGACUUAUUACUGAUAAUGUUCUUCUUGCUUUUGAAUUGGUUCACUGUCUUAAAAACAAGAAGAGAGGACGUCAGAGUUAUGCUGCUUUAAAAUUAGAUAUGAGCAAAGCUUUUGACCGCGUUGAAUGGUAUUUCCUGAAGGCUGUGAUGCUUAAAAUGGGCUUUCAUGAAAUUUGGGUUGAACUCGUUAUGCGAUGUGUUUCUUCUUCAACUCUUUCCUUCAAUAUAAAUGGUGCUAUCAAAGGCUUGGUCACUCCACAACGACGGUUGAGACAAGGAGAUCCUCUCUCUCCGUACUUAUUUUUGAUUUGUUCUGAAGGACUCUCUGCUUUGCUGCGAUCUGAAGAAAAUAAUGGUAAUCUCAAGGGGCUGUCUAUUUCUCGAGGGGCACCUUCUGUUUCUCAUUUAUUAUUUGCUGGUGAUAGCUUGCUAUUUUGCCAUGCGAAUGAUUCUUCAUGUCAAGCCAUAAGUCGUGUUCUGGAUAUAUAUCAUCGUGCCUCGGGUCAGCUUCUCAAUACGGACAAGACGGUUAUGUCUUUCUCUCCUAAUGCUAGUGAUCUCCUGAAAAAUAGAUUUCAUACUGUUCUUGGAAUGCCUAUCUGUGAAUUGCAUGAAAAAUAUUUGGGACUUCCUUCCUAUGCUGGCCGAGAUAAAUCUGAGCUAUUUAGCAAUAUUAAAGACCGUAUCUGGAAGCUCAUGAAUGCCUGGCAUGCCAAACUUUUCUCCAUUGGUGGACGUGAGGUAUUAUUAAAAGUUGUUGUUCAAUCGAUCCCAACAUAUGCUAUGAGUUGUUUUAGUCUUCCAAAGAAGUUCUGUCGCCAGCUUGAAUCGAUGAUGGCUAAUUUUUGGUGGGGUUCUAGUACUAAUAAGUCUAAGAUUCAUUGGAAAAAUUGGAAUUUGCUUUGUCAAUCUAAAGCUGAAGGUGGUAUGGGAUUCCGUUCUUUUCUCCAUUUCAAUCAAGCUCUCUUAGCCAAACAGGCUUGGAGAAUAUUGGAUGAUCCCCACUCUCUUUUAGCUCGUGUGUUGAAAGCUCGUUAUUUUAAGAACGGGACUUUUCUCAAAGCCUCAAAGGGAACUUUGCCAUCUCUCACAUGGCAAAGCAUCUGUGAUGGUCGUGAGCUUUUGAUAAAAGGGUUGCGAUGGAAAAUAGGCUUAGGGAACUCUGUUAAAUGUGUUUCAGAUCCGUGGCUGUCUGGGAAUACAACUUUUCGGCCUUAUACUUAUAGUGGAGAUUUGGACUUUACAGUUGAAUACUAUAUAUCUCCUGAUAGACGUUGGGAUCUUAAUUUAUUAAGGCAGCAUUUUGGACAAAUUGAUAUCGAUCGUAUCCUCUCUAUUUCGAUUAGUCCUAAUCCAAGAGAGGAUCGGUUGAUUUGGCAUCACUCUGAUUCUGGUUUUUAUACUGUGAAGUCUCGUUAUCAGUUGGCUGCGCAAUUAGAGAAAAUUCAUGAUACCUCCACUUCUAACUCUAAUCACAGUUGGUGGAAUCGAAUGUGGUCUCUUAACAUACCCAAAAAAGUUAAGAUUUUUGCUUGGAGGGUUAUUAAUGAUGCGUUUCCCACUGCGGUUAAUCUGAUGCAUAGGAAAAUCUCUCCUACUGCUACUUGGUCUCUUUGCAAUUGCUUGAGAGAGUCCACUGGUCAUGCAUUGUUUCAUUGUACUCGAGCUCAUCCAGUUUGGUCCUUAUACCAUGUUUUUAAUCCUGAUCCUAAUCUCUAUCGAAUGAAUGGCUUUGAGAUUUUUUCAUCUAUAGCCCUGGUACAACAGAAUGCAGAGUUUGAAAAAAUUCUAUGUCUUAUGUGGUGCAUUUGGACUGAACGAAAUAAGGAAAUUCAUGGAUCGAAACCAAAACCUGCUGGUGUUAUUUGCUCCUUUGCUGAUCUGUAUAUUCAUCAAUUUCAUAGAGCACAACUUUCACAGGCGGCUACCAAUUCAAGCAACCUUUCCCCUACUGCUGCAACUGUUGGAAACUCCUCUGCUGCAAUACCUUCUACUGGUUCUGUUAUUGGUAUUGGGGCAGUUGUUAGGGACUAUUUUGGUGAUGUUGUGGGUGCCUACUCCAAGUCCCUGUUGGGUUGUUAUUCGGUUAAAGAAAUGGAAGCAAUGGCUAUUUUUCAUAGCCUGAAAUGGGCACUUCAACAUGGACUGCAAAUUGACUAUCUUGAAACAGAUUCCCUUAUUGUUGCCACUGCCAUCAAUAAACAUUCAGCAAAAGGAAAUGUCUCUAUAUUUUAUGAUAUUGUUGAUGAUAUAACUCUUUUAUUAUCCUCUUUUCCUAGAGUUCUCGUGUCUCAUGUCAAGCGUGAUGCUAAUAAAGCGGCUCACGAGUUAGCGAGAUUUGCCCUUCGAUUGGAUAAUGAUUGUUCUUGGUUGGGGGAAAUUCCAUCUCCAAUCCACUCUGUUAUUGUUAUGGAUUCUAUUCAAUAA